UGUUUAUUCUUGAUUGUUAAAUCGCGUUUUAUAUAAUGGUUAUUUGCAAAUUUGAUAGAGAAAUAGCAUUAUAAAUUAAAUUUUGUAAGUAUAUUAAUAAAAUGCUAAUAAAUAUUCGUGCAAAAGCUUAUUUGGAUCCACUUACUCGUUUAAAGGUUAUUCAUUUAAAACUGUAGCAAAAUAGGGUCAUUGUCGCUGCAUAAAUUAUAAAUCAAAUUUUUCAUUGUUUUUUUUUUCUUUGCCUCUGGUUUCAGAACUAAAAUUCGGAUAUUCACAAUUUUGUAUCGCUGAUUUAAAAAAAAAAAAAAUUUUUUAAGUCUGUAGUUUUAAGUUUUUAUAACUUUUAGCUGGUAUUGUCCAGAAUAUCAAAAACAUCCUUAAUAUAAAUAUCGAUCCGUGGUUGAACAAAGUUAUGCGAUAAAUGGAGCAAGAGUAUAAAGCUUUUAGAAGCCGAUGAAACCUAUUACUCGCCGAUUUCACUUAUAUUCUCGCCGUGUUUGGUAAAUGAAGUAAAAGAGACGCUUUUGAAAUCUAAAUAAAACGUGAUUUUUUAGAUUUAAGUGAUUUCCAAUUAUCAACAAACAGAAAUAACAGAAUGAACCCGAUUUACGGUCUAACUAAUCAAUACAAUCAGCAGACUCAGAAGUUUAGCUUCGAAGUUUAGCAGAGUGACACAAACGUCGCUGACAAUGUUGCUGCUAAAUUCGAAUAUGCAUCCCGUAUUAUUCGACCGUAUCAUUCUCUUCGGUCAUUUGACUACCGAGUCAUAUUACAAAACGUAAAACAAAUAGCAAAAAGAAAAAUAUAUAUGAAGAAAUGUGUAAAAUAAAGAAAUGAGAUCUGGAACAGGAUAGAAUUUUGUCGCUUGCUUUCUCAUUACAGUGUAAUAAAUUUUGCCACAUGUAGAAUACACUGGACGCAAUCGUUAAUCUUUAUUUAAAGGGAUAAUUUUGGUUUUUCGUGCGGUUUUUAUAUUAAUUUUUAUUACGUAUGAUCGUUCUGCAUAAAGAAUAUUUCCCGUGAAACCCAAGUCCGCGGAAAUCUAUGAAAUACUAGUUUGUUAUUAUUAUUAAAAACUCCUAAAUAAUUUGUAAGAUCCUACUAAUUAGGUAAAAAAAAAACUGUCAGCCCGAACUCAUUCGUCACUCACAUGUAAAUGACGUGGCAUUAACAAAUCUAUUUUUUAGUAUAAGAGCUUAGACUUGAAAUUUGAUGCAUUUUUUUCUAAUAACUUUUUAUAAAUCUAAACGUAUAAGAAAAAUACUAGUUUACUGUUGCCAUGAUUUAAUGAUGAGAAAAAAACACGUUCUGAAUAUCUCCUAAAAAUUUUGAGUCCACACUCGAAUUAAAACGAGAUGAGUUAUCAUAUAUAGCAACAUAAUAUUAAUAAAUAUUAUUUUUUAAAACGCGUUUAAAAUUUUACAAACAGUUUAUACGUUAAUAAAAAUUUUUAUAUUAGGUCUCUUAUCUCUAGUGCUCUCUUUCUGCUCUUUCUUUUAAUGUUAAUGUUUUUCAAUGUGUUAAUUACAAAAUAUAAAAAAAAUAAUUGAUUUUCUUUAACUUAAAAAUGAAAAUAUCCUCUUAAAAAGAAAAAUGCUAGCCUGCUGAAAAUAUAUCACCCUAUAGGAUGUAAGACAUAUUACUCGAAGGAAGAAUUCAUCGUUUUGAAGAUCCCUUAUAAACACAUGAGAAGUUUAUCCCUUUAGAUUUCUGAAUUUCUGUUAGGCGCAAACAAGAUAUCGAAAGUAAACGAGAGGCAUGCAAGCUCCCCCGCCCCCGUUGGCCAGUAAUUUCAUAACAAAGCUACGAUAAAUGUUUCGUAACAACGUCGACCGUUCAAAGUAGCACCAUAAAUGUGAUAGUGCUCUCUCGUUUAGUCUUCGAUCUAUUUACAUUAUUUACAAUAAAACGUGUAAAUAAGUGUAAGUGCAAUCGUCGGAUCGUAUAUAAAUCUCUUGAGUGUCAAUCAAGAAAACUAGUAUUACGAAAGUGCAUAUUAAUUGUUUACAAUCCUACAAUGUUCGCAGUAGGGAAAUACCAAUCAUGAUUACUCGACAAAUAUUUAAUUAUCGAAGAAUAGAGGGUAAAAAAAGGAAGAUAUACUCCUCCCAUUUUCCUUGCUCCGUGAAUUCGCGCAUGAAAUGCAUACAAUCACGUUUUUAAAGUGACGGGGAACGUCUGAUAAAUCGCGUUUUAUCAUUUGAUUUUAUCUGGUCACAUGACUUCAGUACGAUCGUUUCAUUCGACCAGUAUAUCAGUAGCAAGUCGGUCCUCGUCGCGCGUAGAGAUGUUCGCUGAAUAUCUAUUACCCUUCACGAUCAAGUAUUUCUAUCACUUAAUCAUUGUCGUCGUCUCGUUAGUUUUGUUUAAAAAAUUCUUUGGACCACCAGCCAAGAGAAAAGUGACGGUGCAAAGUGGGACACAUGCAUUCUCGGCAUCCAACGAAUCCACGGAUCCGAGUGAAAAAGUGAAUGAAGAUUCAUCCGAUGUGGAGCCUGCUUUACCACGUGAUCUUAAGCAUGUACCGUAUCACUACGUUCGGAAAUCCGAAAAGGAAUUAUUAUCUCGUGCGUCAGAAUUUUAUCGGAUAAGUGCGGCGAGGCGGACCUUAAGAUAUUUCAGUGCGGAUCCCGUACCGAAAGAAGUUAUCCGUGAAAUUAUAAGGGCCGCAGGUACUGCUCCCAGCGGCGCACACACGGAGCCAUGGACCUUUGUUGCAAUAACAGAUCCGACUACGAAAUCGCAAAUUAGAGAUAUCGUGGAGCACGAGGAAGAAAUCAAUUACAAAAAAAGGAUGGGCGUAAAAUGGACGACUGAUUUGUCCCCAUUAAAGACUAAUUGGAUAAAAGAAUACCUCACCACGGCGCCGUACUUGAUACUUGUAUUCAAGCAAACUUACGGCUUUUUACCAAAUGGACGGAAAAAGAUUCAUUAUUAUCACGAAAUGAGCGUUUCUAUCGCGUGUGGAAUUCUCAUUACCGCUAUACAGUACGCCGGAUUAGUGACCCUUACAUCUACGCCAUUAAACUGUGGACCGGCUAUACGUAAUCUCCUUGGACGUCCAUCCAACGAGAAACUAGUGUUACUCCUACCGGUCGGUUAUCCAGCCGAAGACGCCACUGUACCCGAUUUACAGCGAAAAGAUCUGUCCGAGAUCUUGGUCGAAAUUGAUUAACGAAAGUAUAAAACGCGAUUGAUUUACACCUUACCGUACUCAUUUGAUACGCUAAAAGAAGAUCAAAAGAAUUUCAAAAGUUUUAUUUACAUGGAAAAAAUUGAGUAUGGGAAUAUUUGAAAUAAAUAGUCCAAGUAUUUAUGUUAAUGCUAUUUUUAUGAAAAAUGUUAUAUUUUUCGGAUUACUAACUUUUCUUUAAUAUUUUACAUUACAUUUUGUAUAGGUAAUAAUUAUUUACUCUAUAAUCGUAGAACGUAGUGCCCCUUGGCUUAAAAAACAUCGCUGCCAAUAUUACAAAGUAAUCGUAAUAGUCGAAAAAGAAAAGCUAAUCCCUGAAAUAUAGCACCUGUUCGUGAGUCAUGUUGUUUGUCAUAUUUCUUUCUCCUGCAGAAAGAGACCAUUAAAAAAGUAUACAAUGGCACGCAAUAAGACUGCUCUAAACUUAAUACGAUCCGAUUUGUAUAAACUAAUGUUUAUUUUCAAAUUUGCAUACAUAAUGUUAAAAAUAAGCGAUAUAAAAUAUAAAUCCAUUGUUCUAAUCAAAAAGAAGAACUUAAGAGUUGAUAGAAGUUUGUGUUUAACAAUAGCACAAUUAGGCGGUCGUAAAAUCAAAUUAGAAAAAAAAAGUUUUACAUUAAUCAAAUGAAUACCAAAUAUCACCCACAGCGCCGUCUUAAAUUAAGUACAUUUAAUAUAUAAAAUAUAAAAAUACUGAGCUAUAAAUGA